AAAGUUUCAAGGGACAAAUAAUAUGUACAUUCUGUCAGAAAGAAAAUAAAAGGAAAUAAAUAAUAGAAGGAAUUUCGGGUGUUGUUCUAGGUAGAAAUGGCACAAAAUUAUCAAGAAAGUGCCCUCGGAGUGGCGUGCACGGGCCCUGUCGUGCGAAAUUGAUGAAAAGUGUGGGAAAAAGUGAGAAAAGCGAGGUGUGAAGUUAGAAAUCAAAGGUGUGUGUGAUUCAUUGGAAUUCCGAGGAGAGUGUUUGACACAGUUUCUUGUCUUUUUCGUGAUACUGGCUCGCGCAUAGAGUGCUGGAUUUGAUAAAGAGAGCAUUCCUGAAGAUAAAACUCUCCGUUGCUCAUGUGAUUUCGUGCUUGGUUGAAAGUUAGAGUGGUCAGGUGGGAUUUUUCGUGAUCUCUGCUGCGCCGUCGUCAUUCAGCAGAUAAGGAAGUAGUGACCCAGCAGAGUACGACGGAGGAGAGGUCGAUAUAGCAUUGAAAUGGAGCUCAAAGUGUGGGUGGAGGGCAUCCAGAGAAUUGUCUGCGGGGUCACAGAGGCGACUACAUGUCAGGACGUUGUCUUUGCCCUCGCACAUGCCACGGGAAAAGUGGGACGAUUCACCCUAAUUGAGCGCUGGCGGAAUAAUGAGCGACUCCUGGCACCCACAGAGAACCCCCUGAAGAUCCUCAUGAAAUGGGGAGAAUAUUCGAGCGAUGUGCAAUUUAUCCUUCAACGCAGUGACCAGCCCAAGACACCCGCUAUGCAAUCCCCACAACAAAUUCUGCGUCAACAGCAGCGUCAGCAGGAGCAGCCAAACACAGAUCUUGCCCAGAGUGUUCUUGUUUCGUCACCCAGCAGUAGUGAUCGCCUCAAGGAGAAUAUGUCGCCCCUAGAACGAGGCCGUGAAACCCGAAAAAGCUUCACAAGUGGUGGUAGCAUUGAUCUCAAAUCGGAAAACAUUGGCAUCGUUCGGGGCGUUCCGCAGAAAUCCCCAACGCCUCCCAAAACCUCCACAACCCCAGUUCACACACCACAGGGAUCAAAUGAGCCCCUCUAUGCGGGUGUUGUGAAACCAACGCAAUCAUCAGCAGCAACUGUUGCCAAGAGCGGAGAAUUCACAUCUGCCGACAUCAGAAAUGCUCUCGAUCGCAAGACUAACGCUGCCCCCGUAUUUGCUGCCGGAAGCUGUGAGAGUGUCCUGGAGGGUGGAUCGACGGAAAUGGUGAUAAAGAAUGGACCACCGAUUUCAUCGAAUGGUGCUCUUGUACCACCACCAUACCGAGACCCACCGCCACCCCGGAAUUCCCCACUUCAGAAGACGGAACCGCCAAGAAGUGUAGCUGGAGGGAGUCUAGAGCUCAUGGAGGCGCAAUACCUCCACAAUGGGGCACAGUACCGGGAUCUAAUUCAACUGAUAAAGCUUCAGCGUGAGAAGAUUAGUAUACAGCAGGCGGAUCUCACCAAGUACGAUGCGGAAAUUGUGUACCUGGAGAACAAGGAGCGUGAACAGUCGCAGCAAUUGGAGGCGAUUGCACGUGAAAUCAGCAAAACAGAUCAGAUCUUCAGGCAGGGCAACGAACAGCUCCAAACUUUGCAGUAUGUCGAGGAGGAGAAUGAGCUGGUGCGGCAGCAGGAGAAGACACUCAAGUCAGAGAUAACGCUAUUGCGUUCCAAAUUAGCCAACUGUGAGACAGAGUUGCUGCAGUGCAAGAAUAAAAUUCGACACCUCAUGGAUGACAUACAAAUCGAGCAGAGGGCACUCAAUCGGCAAUUUGAUACGCGGCAACAAAUGGAGCGUCAGAUUGUGGUGGAAGUGGAUCGGAUACAGGCGGAAAUUGAGCAGGUAAUUAAGACAGCGGAAUCAUCCAACAAGACGAUGGAGAAUCUCAAGAAGGAGGUGUCAUUCAUUGAGACUGCAAUUGCGGAGAAGAAAAAGCAAGUGGAGCACCUCGUUAAUGAGAUGAAGGAGGUUAAUCUCCAGAGUUUGGCCGUUGCGCCAUCAGAGGAGAUCCGUCACCUGCUUGAGGGAUCUAAUCGCCCUGGAAGUACACGCAGAAUUAUCGGCUCACCACGGCAGCUUGAAAAUGCUGUUCCAACUAGCAAAAAUCCCCAUGGAGUCUGGGUCUAAAAAUGAUUUCCCCCAGACAUUAAGAGAGAACAAUAUUUUAUUUUAAAAGCAUCACACACUCUAAAGUAAAUUACAUACAUAAGUAGUUCAAAGUAUUCUUGCAUUUAUUGCCAAUUUCUACCAUUUAUUAUUAUUUUAUUUAUAAUUUAUCAACUCAUUUUUUUUUCAUUCUGCAUUUAUAUACCUUCCUUUAGGAACUUAGGAUUACCACCUCCCCCACCCUACCCUUUUCCCCAAUUUCUUACCAAUGCAAUGUUAGGCUUAACUUUUCAUUUAAAUGUUAAACUAUUUACAAUUUAAAGUAAAAAAAAAGACAUGGCAUGAUUUUGGUUGGAAUAUUUUCUUCAUGAAAAUUUUUGCAAUCAUAAUGAGAUUUUGAUUGUCUUAUUGUAAAGAUGUUGCGAAAGUUUUGCGGCAAUCACGAUAAUUGGGGAUUUGUUUUCAGAAGUGAUUAGAAAAUCAUCAUCGUAAUGAAUCACUUUUACCUAAAAAUUCAUUCCAUUUAAACUCACACAAAAAAGACUCAAAGAAAAUCCCGCUAAUGGAAAGUGGAUUCCACAAAAUGUAUUUCCAAAAGACAUCACACUAAUUAGUGCUUGAAAAGACAUUAAAAUGAUAAA